CGUCAUCCAUAAAUUCCUUGAGUUCGUAGCAAUGGUCGCAGUUGUUACGAAAACGUGGUUUGCUGCUGUUGAAGGUGUUGUUACGUGCAACAUAAUGAUACAGUGAUAAGAGAGCACCGACGACACAUUAUUGCAGUAUUGUUACGUGACAUUGACUACAUUAACACGCUGUUACAUAUCAUAGCAACAAUCGUUAUUCACAGUGAAACAUUUCUAAUAACGUCUUUGUCUAUCAGAAAACAAUGGGUAGCGACAAAUUCGAAUUCGCUAUAGACCGUGGAGGUACUUUCACCGAUAUAUAUGCGAGAUGUCCAGGGAGUAAAAUCCGGGUUAUGAAAUUACUUUCGGUAGAUCCAGCUAAUUACGAGGAUGCACCGAGGGAGGGCAUUCGCAGGAUACUCGAGCAGGAAACCGGUGUUAAGAUGGACAGCGAAGUGGAUACUUCCAAGAUAGGAUGGAUCAGAAUGGGUACGACAGUUGCCACUAAUGCUUUGCUGGAAAGAAAAGGUGCAAAAAUGGCGUUGCUAAUAAACGAGGGUUUCAAGGAUUUGCUGUUCAUCGGUAAUCAGGCUCGGCCAAAUAUUUUCGAUUUGGAAAUUGUGACACCGGAGGUUUUGUACAAAAAAGUGGUAGAGGUAAGAUGCAGAGUGAUUCCCGCUCUGACGGGCAGAUGUCAAUUGGACAACAAGUUGUGGCGAAGAGUGAAAGGAUCCACUGGCGAAGACAUGUUCGUUAUUCAAGAACUCGACGAGGCGCAAUUGAUAAAAGAUCUGGAGGAACUUCGUAAUUUGAAAAUAGAUAGUCUCGCCGUUGUCCUAGCACAUAGUUAUACAUAUGCGGACCACGAGAUCAGGAUUGGUGAAUUAGCCAGAAAGGCAGGUUUCUUUCACGUGUCUCUUUCACACGAAGUGAUGGCGAUGACGAGAAUAGUUCCUAGAGGUUUUACCGCCUGCGCGGACGCUUACUUGACGCCGCACAUAAAAAAUUAUCUAAAAGGAUUCUCUUCGGGCUUCAAGGAUAAUUUGAAAGGUGUAAAUGUAUUGUUUAUGCAGAGUGACGGCGGAUUAACACCAAUGCAUUAUUUCAAUGGAUCACGCGCUAUACUUUCUGGACCAGCUGGUGGCGUUGUUGGAUACGCAAUCACGACUUACGGAAAGGAGACUGAUCUGCCGGUCAUCGGAUUCGACAUGGGCGGCACGUCGACCGACGUGAGCCGGUACGGAGGGAGUUACGAACACGUUUACGAGAGCACAACAGCGGGCGUCACCAUACAAGCUCCUCAGUUGGACGUCAACACAGUUGCGGCAGGAGGUGGAUCGAUGCUUUUCUUCAGGUCGGGUCUCUUCGAGGUCGGGCCUGAGAGCGCGGGUGCUCAUCCUGGACCCGCGUGUUACAAGAAAGGUGGCCCACUCGCGGUGACGGAUACAAAUCUCGCGCUGGGACGGCUGCUGCCAGAAUAUUUCCCUAAAAUUUUUGGACCCAACGAGAACGAGCCGCUCGAUAAAUGUUGCACUUUAAAGGCGUUCAAAAAACUCACCGAGGAGAUUAAUACAUUCCUGAGUAAAAAUGGAGAAAAUCCAACAGCGGAAGGAAUGACGUUAGAAGAGGUGGCUAUGGGGUUCAUCAGAGUCGCGAACGAGACCAUGUGCCGACCGAUUCGCGCCUUGACUCAGGCGAAAGGUUACGACACUUCGCGUCACGUUCUGGCAUGUUUUGGUGGUGCCGGAGGACAACAUGCCUGCGCGAUCGCACGAUCGUUGGGCAUUGGCACAGUAUUCAUUCAUAAAUACGCCGGUAUCUUAUCUGCUUAUGGUAUGGCAUUGGCGGACGUUGUCGAAGAGGCCCAAGAACCAAGUGCUGAGAUUUACGAGCAAGAAAGUUUCGAUCGUUUGGAUGAUCGUCUGGAUGAGAUAGAAGCGAAAGUUCAAAGCAAAUUGCGCGCACAAGGAUUCACGGACGCUCAAAUAGAAACGCAGCCGUUUUUGCACUUGCGUUAUCAGGGGACUGAUUGCGCUUUAAUGUGCACACCCAGUGCAUGCCGAAGUGAAAGAAAAUGCACCAGACAUGGAGACUUUCUUGCUUCAUUUUUAGAAAGAUAUCAGACCGAGUUCGGCUUUACGAUGCCGGACCGCAAGAUUCUGGUGAACGACGUAAGAGUCCGAGGAAUCGGUAAAACUGAAAUUCCCCAGGAUCCUGUGUUACCUACGAUUUGUGAACCACCAAAAUUCGAAAAGACCACAAUGGUGUACUUUGAAAAUGGUUAUCAGAAGACUAUGGUUUAUCAAUUGAGUUUCUUAUAUGCUGGACAGACCAUAAGAGGUCCUGCUAUCAUUAUGGACAGCUUGAGCACAAUUUUAGUGGAGCCAAAUUGCAUCGCUACAAUUACUAGUCACGGAGACGUAAAGAUCACAAUAGGGCAAUGUUCUCAGAUGAAAGUCACCACCGAUCUCGAUGCCAUCCAGCUUAGCAUCUUCUCGCAUCGUUUCAUGAGCAUCGCCGAACAAAUGGGUCGGAUACUUCAGAGAACUUCGAUCUCCACCAACAUAAAGGAGCGAUUGGAUUUCUCAUGCGCGGUUUUUGGCCCCGAUGGUGGUCUCGUUUCAAAUGCACCUCACAUUCCAGUGCAUUUGGGCGCCAUGCAGGAGACCGUGCAGUACCAGAUAAAAGCAUUUAAGGGUGAUUUCGAGCGGGGAGACGUUAUUCUCUCUAAUCACCCGUCAGCGGGCGGCUCUCACCUGCCAGAUUUGACGGUUAUUACACCGGUAUUCUAUGAGAACGUAGAUAAGCCAGUAUUCUUCGUGGCCAGCAGAGGUCAUCACGCUGACAUUGGUGGUAUUACUCCCGGUUCAAUGCCGCCGCAUUCAACAAUGCUACUUCAGGAGGGAGCUACUUUUAAAAGUUUCUUAUUGGUGCACAAAGGAGUCUUCCGUGAAAAAGAACUGACGGACGCUUUGAUGGCGCCUGGCAAGUUACCAGGAAGUUCAGGUACCAGAAAUCUUUCGGACAACCUCAGCGAUCUCAAAGCUCAAAUCGCAGCGAAUCAAAAAGGCUCACAACUGGUCAACGAGCUGAUCGACACAUACACACUCGAAGUAGUUCAGGCGUAUAUGAGUCACAUACAAUGCAAUGCUGAAGUUGCCGUUAAAGAAAUGCUGAUAUCGAUAGGCACAAACUUUCUAGAACAAAACGGGCACGUCACUUGUACCGCCGUCGAUUAUCUCGACGACGGCAGUCCUAUCAAGUUGAGUUUGCACAUCGACAUUCAAGAGGGCAAAGCGAUUUGUGACUUCAGCGGUACGGGUCACGAGGUUUUGGGCAACUGCAAUGCGCCACGUGCCAUAACUUUGUCUGCGUUGAUAUACUGCUUGAGAUGUAUCGUCGGUCGGGACGUACCAUUAAAUCAGGGAUGUUUGAAGCCUGUAGAAAUAAUUAUACCUAAGGGAUCGUUGCUCGAUCCCUCGGAGGACGCCGCGGUGGUCGGCGGAAACGUCUUAACGUCUCAGCGUGUCGUCGACGUGGUUCUGAGUGCCUUUGGAGUUUGCGCAGCCUCGCAGGGUUGUAUGAACAACGUAACCCUCGGCACUGAAGAGUGGGGUUAUUACGAGACAGUUGCCGGUGGCAGCGGGGCGGGACCGACUUGGAACGGUAGAAGCGGCGUUCACACGCAUAUGACCAACACGCGAAUCACCGAUCCAGAAAUACUAGAGCUGCGUUACCCCAUUGUACUCAACAAGUUUCACCUUAGAUACGGAAGUGGCGGCAAAGGGGCGCAUCAUGGCGGCGACGGUGUUGUACGUGAAAUGACUUUCAGAGCUCCGAUGACUUUGUCCGUGUUGACUGAACGGAGAGUGAAUUGUCCACCUGGGCUUAACGGUGGUAUGCCAGGAGAACGUGGUCGCAACACUUUAGUGCGGGCUGAUGGCAAAAAGAUCAAUAUGGGUCCGAAGACCGCCGUUCCAGUAAACGCAGGGGAUAGAUUUAUUUUGGAAAGUCCAGGCGGCGGUGGUUACGGCGUGCCGGGCACGAGCGCGCCAUCGACGCGUAACAGAGGUUCGCAUAACUUCGCCGAGCGCGGAAGUGUUUUCGAGUACCGGAAAGCACAGGAGUCCGUCUAGAAAGGCUCGCAGUUACUGCUACGAGCGCGAUGAAUUGUGGUGUGGAAGAUACAUUCCGGAAGGGCAUUGCAACUAUAAUACGCGCAGCAAGAUGCGUCGCAUCGCUUUAAUAUAUUCCUAUUGAAUGGUGCAGUAGCCGCAUGAGUCUUGUGCUAAUAGAUACCUCAAGUUUUGAACUGUGAAAAGAGGAUAAAAUUAUUUUAAAUAACAAAUAUAUUGUGAUGUUGAAUAAUAUUAAAUAAUAAAAUUUUAUCUGACGUUA